AUGGAGCAACGCGUCCCAACUUAUACUUCGAGCCUAUAUCAGUACAUGGAGAACUACCCCGAAUCCUACGAGGCGCCAAUCAGCAAUACAAACGAACCGAUGACUUCUCAACUCCACACUGGAUCGUUCCAUGAACGACCAUCUUUCCACAACUUUGAGCGCGAUACAUUAGUACAUCGAUCAAUGGGUACUCCAAUGGAAUUCAUGGAUCUCUUGACACUUGAUGCACCUUGUGGUAGUCCACAGUCAACAAGCUCUACCAUAAGUCACCCUGAGAGCGUGCCUUCACCGCCUUACACCGGCCUCCCAACUUACGAUACCCUCGAACCAGCUUUCCACCACGUCCAAAACAAUUCAAUCAACCAUUCGGUUAUCUCGAAUGAUUCUGAGUCUCUCUGGCCAUCUACCUAUCCUGAGGUUACCUCCUGGGACUCACGAACUUAUGUUCUGCCCUAUCACGAAAUCCCCAGCUACGAACAGCGCUCCUACCAACUGAUGCCGACCAUUUUGCCUGAACCAAAAGUCUCUGCACCCACACCCUACCUGUCAUACCCUAUGCCACAGCAGGGUUCCCUGGAUCCUGCUGGGAACUCUGGAGCUUUCGAUCUCUCAGGCUUCAACAACAACGGCGAUGAAAGCGAUGACCUGAGCGAUUCCGAUAGCGAUGUGUCGUGGCAGGGCGAACCCUCUUCAUCCAGGGGCUCGAAAAGGUGGUCUUCCAGAAGGGCUCAGCCCAGAUCCAAUGUCUACAGGCUUGAAGGAUGGUCCACCAACACGUGUACCUUCCACACAACAACCGAUCGUAGGCAUCAGUGUGGAGAAUUGAUUGGACCCAAAAAAGACACACCUUGCCCUAAGAAAUUCCAACGACCAGAGCAUCUUCGUCGUCACAUCAGAAGUGUUCAUGGCAUUGGCCUCGUCAAAAUUUACAGAUGCAAGGUUCCUGACUGCUUUGCGCGCUUCCCAAGGAGUGACAACUUCCGCUCGCAUUAUCUCACACAUUUGAGGGUUGGAAAGAGAAAAGGCAACAACAGGAAGAUGAAAUUCCAGGAACUCAAGGGGAUCCUUGGUCCCAAGGAAAAAGACCUGAUAAGAUGGAUCAAGAAGAACCACAAGCAAACCUAA